AUGCAGUAUCAAUACCGACCUGGCACCAUCAGCGGUUGGUUGGCAAACGCACUGGCGAAGCACUCCAAGAGCCGCCGCAAAAAGCGCCCUGUCCGCGUCUACCUUGACGGUUGCUUCGAUAUGAUGCAUUACGGCCACGCUAACGCGUUGCGACAGGCCAAGGCUGUGGGCGAUGAGCUGGUUGUGGGUCUGAUCAACGACGCGGAGAUCCUGCGUUGCAAGGGGCCCCCCGUCAUGAACGAGGAGGAGAGGUACACGCUGGUGGAGGCGGUCAAGUGGGUGGAUGAAAUACUGAGAGGUGUGCCGUACGAUCUGAACCCGGAGUUCAUCCACGAGCUGUUCACGAAGCACCGGAUAGACUACAUCAUCCACGGAGAUGACCCCUGCUUGCUCCCAGACGGGUCGGAUGCGUACGCACAUGCUAAGAAGCUGGGGCGGUUCAAAAUGGUGAAGCGCACUGAGGGUGUGAGCACCACGGACAUUGUGGGCCGGAUGCUCACAUGCAGCCGGGUCAACCACUUCAUCAGCCAUGACGAGCCCCACCCUCUCGCCAAGUCGUUCAGUCUGGGCAGCCCCCGGGAGGAGUCCGGCAAGGAGGCCUCCAGCAGCGAUGCGAACACCAGGACCACUCUGAGCAAGUUCCUGCCCACCAGCCGGCGCCUGGUCCAGUUCUCCAACGGGCGGGUGGCCCCCGAGGGGGCGCAUAUCGUGUACAUCGAUGGAGCCUUUGACUGCUUCCACCCUGGCCAUGUGAAAAUCCUCAAGGCCGCCAAGGCUGAGGGCGACUUCCUGCUGGUGGGGCUCCACACGGACGAGGAGGUGCAGGCGCGGAGGGGCCCCCACCUGCCCAUCAUGAACCUGCACGAACGCAGCUUGUCGGUGCUGGCCUGCAAGUACGUGGACGAGGUCAUUAUCGGCAGUCCCUGCGUCAUGACGGACGACUUGAUAAAGACGUUCAACAUUAGUUUGGUGGUGCGGGGGAGUGUCUCCGAAACCAGCAUGCUGGGGCCCGUUAAGCAGGAGCGUUACUCAGUCCCCCGGGCCGCCGGCAUAUUCCGGGAGCUGAGGAGCCCCUCGGAGGUCACCGCGCGCAACAUCAUUCACCGUAUCGUGGACAAGCGAGCGGCGUUCGAGGAACGUAACGCUCGCAAGGUCAAGGGCGAGGAGGCUUACUAUGCGGAGGCCAAGUCGUACGUGCAGGAGUUGUAG